AACCGACGCCUUAGUCCCCAACGAGAUAAACACAGCCAAGCUCGGUUCUUCCGGCGGGCAGCUGUGCGCGCACGUGCAGUCGUAGCUAAGUGCCCGAGGCAUUCCGGGACUUGUAGUCCACACGGUUUCUGAGUGACGAGAGGGCUGAGGAGUGGGCAGGGGCGUAGGAGAGAUUCUGCGCAUGUGCAAAUAUGUGUCAAGACCGAGGAGGCCACUGGCCCCUGCCCGGAUGGCAACAGUAGUUCUAGGAGGAGACACCAUGGGCCCUGAGCGUAUCUUCCCCAAUCAGACUGAGGAAGUGGGACCACAUCAGGGCCCUUCAGAAGGCACUGGGGAUUGGAGCAGUGAGGAGCCUGAGGAAGAGCAGGAGGAAACGGGGUCAGGCCCAGCUGGCUACUCGUACCAGCCCCUGAACCAAGAUCCUGAACAAGAGGAGGUGGAACUGGCACCAGUGGGGGAUGGAGAUGUAGUUGCUGACAUCCAGGAUCGAAUCCAGGCCCUGGGGCUUCAUUUGCCAGACCCACCAUUAGAGAGUGAAGAUGAAGAUGAGGAGGGAGCUACAGCAUUGAACAACCACAGCUCUAUUCCCAUGGACCCAGAACAUGUAGAGCUGGUGAAGAGGACGAUGGCUGGAGUAAGCCUGCCUGCGCCAGGGGUUCCUGCCUGGGCUCGGGAGAUAUCGGAUGCCCAGUGGGAAGAUGUGGUACAGAAAGCCCUCCAAGCCCGGCAGGCAUCCCCUGCCUGGAAGUGACCACAGUGAGAGCUGCCUUAUCUUCCUACAUUCCAGGCCAGAACCAGCACAGGACUGAACACAUCCCUGGUUGUAAUGUCUAUUUCCAUCUUCCCCAUCUCCCUUUCCACAUCAAGGCACAUCAGACUUCUCAGAGACCCACUUUAUUCAGUUCUGUACAUAUGGGGACAUCGGUCCAAGCCCAACCCACCUUAGCAUGUAUCACUCUGUGGAGAAUAAAGCACCCUAUGUACACAGCCAAAA